GUUGUUGUCCGUGUUUUUCGGCUCACACCGGAAGCCCCAUGCGAGAAAAAGCCGGUAGGCGAUGACAGAUCUCAAUGUCACUACACACGGUCCUUACACAAAAAUUAUACUUCUUAACAGGCGUAACGUCAUAGCGUAUUAUUCCUCAUCCUCUGAUCACUCGGUCGGAUCAAUGUUCUGGUUGUGACAGCGACGAAGCGACAACAUAGGAUCACUCGCUGACCGCAAUCCACCUUGUCGCUAACGAAAGGCUCAUGCGAAUCAAAACAAUAUCGGUGUCGGUAAUAUUCAAUACAAUAUCAGGGUGAUAAGGUAUAGUGUGGGCAUGGCCAGUAUCCUCUGUCGAAUCUCCAAAACCUUGGUGAACCAUCGCUUGCCUCCAUUCACGAAAGGCCUCAUACGGCCCAUGGUGACCGUGUCCUGGCCGUUUCAGUCACAGCCGAGAGACUUGAGUCUUCCAAAUCCCUCAUGGAGCAAAGAGAUGCUGCAGCAUUAUGAGCUCUACAACAGCCAGUGUGUGGGCGAGGAUGGAAAGGAAGGCUCUGGACCGUGGAGGAGACUGCCCAGCUACAACCGCUUACUCAAGUUUGCUACAGGGGGAGUGCUGCUCAGUAAGAUCAUCCAGUCGGAGGCGCGCCUUUUUACGAGGAACAUCAAAAUCCCGGGGGCGGGAUUUGAAUACGUUAUGUUCAUUAAAAAAUCGCAGGAGAAAUGUGUGUGUAUAUUCCAGGCUGGACAUCUGCUAGAAGGGCCACCAGGGCACGUCCACGGGGGGGCGACAGCGGCCAUGAUUGACUCAGUAAACGGGACACACGCCACCUACGUGUGCGGACCUGUGAUGACUGCAAACCUCAACAUAAAUUACCGCAACCCCAUCCCAUUGGGCAGCACAGUGGUGCUGGAGUCUACGCUGGAUCAAAGGGAAGGCCGAAAAGCUUUUUUCUCCUGCAUUGUGACUUCAAUAGAUGGCUCCAAAGUCCAUGUAGAAUCAAAAGCACUGUUUCUAUCUAUCUCCAUGAGCCGCAUAUUAGGAGGCUAGCACCCGUCACACCAGCCCACCGACCCUACGAAACAUGUCUGUCUUCAAGCGACCCGUGAGUUCAGAGGUUUGGGGAUCCUUCUUCACUGGCAGUGAGGGUGAUGGAGAGGGACCCUGGAGUUCAGAGGCCCCUGAUUGGGUCCAGCCCUGGGUCCUCCGGCCGUCACCAUGCCUGGGGGCGAGAUUGACGCGAGGAAAGGAGUGAUGUGUGAGUUCUUACCAGACUUCCAGAAGGAUUGACCAACAAAGACUAUUCUUUAUUUAUGCAAUGAAUUUAAUUGAUCAUCUUUUGGAGUAUAUUCAUUUUUGGGUGGUUGGAUACUGUGUUCAUUAUCACAGUGUUGCUGUUUGUAGGAUGUUGGAGAUGUUUUGACUGAUAAAGCCUUUGUAAGGUGCUGGAGAUGUUUUUACUGAUGAAGCCUGAUCACCCAUCUGCACAUCCUUUAUUUAUCACAUUAUUAAUAUUAGAAAGGGAACAUUUCUUCAUUAUUUUGAACUUUAAAGUAAGUAUGGCUAAGUGUUGGAAAAUGUGUGAACUCCUCCAAUGAAAGUGUCUUUCAGAUUGUAGGAAGAACACGUACAUUCCUGGGUGGGCAAGAAAUGUCCAUCAAGCAGAAAGCAUGGUGCAAGUUGGGGGGUGGGGACCAAUUGUUUGGUUUGACCCCAUUUACAAAUAUAUUGUUCCACUGUCAUCAUUACUGAAAAAACACACUGUGCUAUUAUUUGUGUCGCCUCAUCA